UUGUCACUUUUUCAGAAUAUAUUUAAGGAAACUGCAAGUGUUUUUAUUCGACAGUAACUAUAAAAUUUUCCCAGUGGACUUGCGACUAUUGGCGGACAAAAAAGGUGCUAAAUAGGCGCCAGGAGCUGUGUGCUGACUAUCAAUCACAGCCCCGGAGUAUUUAGCAUUUUUUUUAGCGGCAACUACUUAGCAACAGGUUGCAAAGGACUAAGCCAUUUCUGGGAUGAGUUGCGCUGCACCGCGAUGCCGACCGCAGUUUGGAUCCUGUGGGUCUGGUUGUAAGCCCUGCAGCGGAGGUGGCUGCUGCGGAUCCUGCUGCGGAGGUGGUUCCUGUUGCAGGGGUGGCUGCUGCGGCUCAGGAGGUUGCUGCGGUGGAUCCUGCCGCGGAUCAUGUGGUGGAUCCUGCGGCGGAUCAUGUGGCCCACCGCCCUGUGCCGUGGUUUCGUACCGCCUAACCUGCGGUCCCGUGGGUCCCCUGCUGCCCUGCAUGAAAUGCACCUGCAACUGCGGAUGUUGCAGCGGCGGCUGUGCGCCGCCCUUCUAUUUUGUGCCGAACAAAUGCAAGAAUUGCUGGGAGUGGGGCUGCUUUGGUCCGCUGUACUAGUACCCUGUUGUAGCAGUUGUUAUGGAACUUUUCAUAUUUUUGAAUGCAAUAAAUUCACGUGUCGGACCUA